GAGGAGCGCUGGCCGGCUGGGGAGGCGGAGGACGGGGAGAGAAGAGGAAGGAGGCUCCGGGAGUGCAGAGACACAUAAAGGGUCUGGCCUGGGACUUGGCAAAAACGGGUAGACGUGUGGACAGAAAGAGGGAUCAUCUAUCGUUUUUAUUUUAGCGACUCUAACAUUUUCACCGUACCCAUUGACUUUGACCAUAAGAGUGAGCGACAAGAACCAGAGCAUCAGCAACCCACCACCACCAUGCCGUCCACCUCCAGCUCGUCUGCCCUGCUCAAAGGCCCCGGCAGCUGUGGUGGUCCCCAGGGGAGCCGACCGAUUGAGAACACAGCCCAGGACCGGGACCCAGUAGUGGCAGAGAAGCCCGACAAAGGCACCGCCUCUUCUUGUAAAGUUGGGAGCAAACCCGGGAGGAAACGCAAGAAUUUCUCACUCCAGAGCGGUGAAUCCCUCCGGGAGGGGGCGGCGCCCGGGGAGAGGGGUGGCGCCGGGGGCCCGGAGAAGCAGCCCGUGAUGGCUCAGAUCCACAACGGGGAUGCGGGCCGGCAUCGACAUGUCACGCCCAGCAGCCCGGCCUGUGACCCCAAACAGGAGGAGGAGGAAGAGGAGGAGGAGGAGGAGGAGGAGGAGGAGGAGGAGGAGGAAGACCAGGAUGAGGAGGAUGAUGAGGAGGAGAGUGACGCUGAGAACAGUAUCCGGAGAGAGGAGUCAGCCGGGCGCCCGGGCCGGGGUCUGAAGCCCCGGGCCGGGGGGGCGGACUCUGAGAAGGAGAAGGAGGAUGGUCUGUCCACGCCACACAAGAAAAGCGGGAGGCGGAAACUGGCGCGCCCCACCAAAUAUGUGGAGCACAAGGAGGAGAACGGAGGUGACCGACCGAGGGCCGAGGGAGGUGGAGGGAGGCAGCGUGGGGGUGUGUGUUGGGAGGUCGGCCUGCGUCAGAGGCCCCGCCCCCGGGUGACCUUCCAGGCAGGGGACCCCUGUUACAUUAGCAGGAGGACCCGCGAGGAGUGGCUGGCCAAGUGGAAGACGGAGGCUGAGAGGAAGGCCAAACUGGUGUCGGCCAUGAACGCCACCGGUGACCGUGGCGAGGCGGAGAGAGAACCCCCACGGCCGGCGGUCACGAAGCGCCCGGCGCCCUGCAAACAGCUGGCCCCACUGCCCCCGCAGGCCCCGCCCCCAUCACAGACUCCGCAUCACCCGCCGCCGCCGCCGCCGCCUCCUCCGGCAGCUGCCUCACCACCACAACAAAAACAUCAACAACAACCACAACAAGAGACGCAGCAACCCACAGACCCCGCCUCCCCCACCGUGGCCACCACCCCUGAGCCGGUGACCCUGGGCGGCGAAGCCAAGACCGCCCUCUCCAAGACUGCGGACGCUGAGCCAGAGUAUGAGGACGGCCGGGGCUUUGGCAUCGGGGAGCUGGUGUGGGGCAAGCUGCGGGGGUUCUCGUGGUGGCCCGGGCGCAUCGUGUCCUGGUACAUGACGGGCCGCAGCCGCGCCGCCGACGGCACCCGCUGGGUCAUGUGGUUCGGAGACGGGAAGUUCUCUGUGGUUUGUGUGGAGAAACUAAUGCCCCUAAGCUCCUUCUGCAAUGCCUUCCACCAGCCCACCUACAACAAGCAGCCCAUGUACAAGAAGGCCAUCUUUGAAGUGCUGCAGGUGGCCGGCACCCGCGCGGGGAAGGCCUUCAAGGCGUGCCCCAGCACUGACGAGACGGAGACGUCCAAGUCGGUGGACCUGCAGAACAAACAGAUGGUGGAGUGGGCCAUGACGGGCUUCCUCCCCAGCGGGCCCAAGGGCCUGGAGCCCCCCGAAGAGGAGCGGAGUCCUUAUAAGGAGGUGUACCCCGACGUGUGGGCGGAGCCAGAGGCUGCAGCGUAUACGCCCCCUCCGGCCAAAAGGCCUCGCAAGGGCACAGCAGAGAAGCCCAAGAUCAAGGAGAUCAUGGAUGAACGGACCAGAGAGCGCCUUAUUUCUGAAGUGAGAGAGAAGACUCGCAGCAUCGAGGAGAUCUGCAUCUCCUGUGGAAGUCUCAACAUUUCCAUCCAGCAUCCUCUGUUCGCUGGGGGAAUGUGCCAGGGUUGUAAGAACUGUUUCCUGGAGUGUGCGUACCAGUAUGACGACGAUGGCUACCAGUCCUACUGCACCAUCUGCUGUGGCGGCCGGGAGGUCCUCAUGUGUGGAAACAACAACUGCUGCCGGUGUUUCUGUGUGGAGUGUGUGGACCUGCUGGUGGGCCCCGGGGCCGCUGCCGCUGCCAUCCAGGAGGACCCGUGGAGCUGCUAUACCUGCAGCCAGACCAGCGACCUGGGCCUGCUGCAGCGCCGCGCCGACUGGCCCUGCCGCCUGCAGCACUUCUUCGCCAACAACCACGACCAGGACUUUGAGCCUCCAAAGCUGUACGCCCCGGUCAUGGUGGAGAAGAGACAGCCCAUACGCGUUCUCUCCCUGUUCGACGGCAUCGCAACGGGCCUGCUGGUGCUCAGAGAGCUGGGCAUCGAGGUGGAGCGCUACGUGGCGUCGGAGGUGUGCGAGGACUCCAUCACGGUGGGCAUCGUGCGGCACCAGGGGCGCAUCAUGUACGUGGGCGACGUCCGGAACGUCACGCGCAGACACAUCCUGGAGUGGGGCCCCUUCGACCUGGUCAUCGGUGGGAGUCCCUGCAACGAUCUCUCCAUCGUCAACCCUGCUAGGAAAGGCCUCUUUGAGGGCACCGGCCGCCUGUUCUUUGAGUUCUAUCGGCUGCUCCACGAGGCCCGGCCAAAGGAAGGGGACAAUCGACCUUUCUUCUGGCUGUUUGAGAACGUGGUUGCCAUGGGCGUCAGCGACAAGAGGGACAUUUCCCGCUUUCUGGAGUGCAACCCGGUGAUGAUCGACGCCAAGGACGUGUCGGCGGCCCACCGCGCCCGCUACUUCUGGGGCAACCUGCCUGGCAUGAACAGGCCUCUGUCAGCCAUGUGCAAUGAUAAGCUGGAGCUGCAGGACUGCUUGGAACAUGGUCGGACAGCCAAGUUUGGCAAAGUGAGGACCAUCACCACCAGGUCCAACUCCAUCAAGCAGGGCAAGGACCAGCACUUCCCCGUGUACAUGAACGAGAAGGAGGACAUCCUGUGGUGCACGGAGAUGGAAAGGAUCUUCGGUUUCCCAGUGCACUACACCGACGUGUCCAACAUGAGUCGCCUGGCCAGGCAGAGGCUUCUGGGUAGGUCGUGGAGCGUGCCCGUGAUACGCCACCUCUUCGCCCCGCUCAAAGAUUACUUUGCCUGCGUCUGAGGGAACCCGUUCUCAGGAGUUCCAUAUCUGCUCUGAACCGGCUAGGACACACAACUCAACUGUAUUUUACGUCUAGAAACAUGAGCCUCGAUAUUUACGUCGGAAUAUACGCUCGUAUCGCUCAGACACAGCGAAGCACCGGUGUAGAAAACGAAAUGUUUUACACGUGUUUGUUAUUUUGGUUUUGUUGCGUUUUAUUGGAAAAAAUAAGUAAUUGUUAUUCUUAUUUAAUUUCUCAGUGUCCUUUUACCUUUUUUCUAGCAGUGUUAUCCGGUAUUUGUUUUGUUUUUGUUUUUGGUUGAAAUUUGAUUUAUUUGUGCAAGCUAUACUUACAAGACUAUGCUUUAUUCUCGAGACACUCUGCGAAUCAAUCCAAGAGCUAUCUAGGGGAUUUAUUUUUACGAAAAGAGAGAGACUCUUCGUGAGAUGGAAGACUGACAACCAGGAGCUC